AUGACCAACCAUCUCGCCAAGCAGCUCAAGGCUCUUCAUCAGCCAUCCUCACCCAUCAUUUUCCCCAACGUAUGGGAUGUAGCUUCUUUCAACACUGUCAAAUCUCUGAAUACAGAGACCUCCAAGCCAGUGAAAGCACUCGCUACAGCAUCUUGGGCUGUUGCUGCUACAUACGGCGUUCAGGAUGAGGAGCUCACUCUGGAGCAGAACCUCGAAGCAAUUGCCAAGAUUGGCCCACUUGCCAAGGAAGCUGGUAUCCCGCUAUCGGCCGACUUACAAGAUGGUUACGGCUCACAGGUUGUAUCUGUUAUCAAGAGAGCUGUUGAAGCAGGCGUCGUGGGCGCAAACAUAGAGGAUGUCAGACCUGAAGACAACACGUUUUAUCCCAUCGACGAACAAGUGCAGCGCCUCAAGACAAUCCUGAAAACUGCAACUGAAGCAGGCUGCGCUGACUUUGUCCUCAACGCUCGGUGCGACAUGUUCCACAUCGACCAAGGCCUCUCCGAAGCAGAAGUCAUCAAGGAGGCCGUCACACGUGGCAAGGCAUAUCUCGAAGCGGGCGCCACAACCAUCUUUUACUGGGGCGGCUCGGGACGGGGGCUGAGGACUUCCUGGGUCGAGACUUUGGUCAAGGAGCUUGAUGGAAGAGUCGCGGUCAAGUUGGCACAUAAAACAGAAGAUGCACUGUCAACUAAGGAUCUGGCCCAGAUUGGUGUUGCGAGGAUCAGUGUUGGACCGAGCUUGUUUCUAUUGGCGCAAGAGGCUGCGAAACAGGCGGCAGAAAGGAUUCUUGCUGGUGGGAACUUGUAG